AUGGAUCACCUGACUGCGCUCUUCCAGGAGAUGUGGCGUCAAGGUGAAGUCCCGCAAGAUGUCAAGGACGCCACCAUCGUGCAUCUCUACAAGCGAAAGGGGAACCGCCAAGUCUGUGACAAUCACCGUGGCAUCUCCUUGCUGAACAUCGCCGGGAAGAUCUUCGCUCGCAUCCUUCUCAACCGCCUCAAUAACCACCUGGAACAGGGCCUUCUGCCGGAAAGUCAAUGCGGCUUCCGUCGUCAUCGUGGACCUGACGAAAGCCUUCGACACGGUGAAUCGUGA